UAAUUAGUUAAUUAGUGGUUAAUCAAAUAGUAAAACAAACUUAAUUGUUGUUUAAUAAUACAAUCAGUCAAUAAAUAAUUACUAGAAUUAAUGAAAAAGGUAUAAAACCCAAUUAAAUUUGAUUCAGAUGAUACUGAGGGAUCAGACCUCUCUUAUGAGAGCUCGUUUGACGAAAAGGAAGAUAACUAAGGCAUUAACAAGGAACAAAAGAAUAUAAAUCUAUUCAAAGAGCAAAUGGUGAGAUUUCUUCUCACUCACCCUGAAUUGUAGGACGAUAUAAAAUUUAGCAAAGAUAUUAUUAAUGCAUAAGCAGAAACUCCUGUAGCGUAGGUAAAAAAUGAUCAAAUGGGAGGUGGAUAUUCCAGCACGGGUUAUAAUACUAUGUAUAAUGCAAGACCUCAAACAGCAGUAGUUAUGGGAAAUACUAAUGAUGUUAAUUUGAAUAGCGAUAAAAAAACUUACAGAAAUAACAUGUGGGAAACAAUCGCUAAUAAUAUAAUGCAAGAAAGUAAGAAAACUGGAACAAUGCCUUCGAUAGAGAACUUUUCUUAGAGAUUAAAUUUAUUCAGAAAGAAGAUAGAGAAACCUGAUGUUAUUGAAAUUAUUUUAUAAAAUAAAGACACACUUUUGAAAUAAAUUAAAAAAGAAGAAGAGAGGAAGGCUAAAAUUUAAAAUAGAAUACAUGAAACUAUAGAGGCUAAACUUAGAAAAGAAUAGGGUGAUGUUAAAUAUUAUUCUAAGCUUAAAAAGAAUCAAUUCGAUUCUCGUAUGCAAAAAGAAGAAGCUAGAGUUAGAUAAAUCAAUAAUAAUCAAAACCAAACAUAAAAUUAAAAUAACCCUUCAAAUAACAUAAAUUCUACAUCAAAUUUUAAUUCAAAUACAAAUCUAAAUAAUGCAUUUUAAUCUGAUAAAUCUCCUGAAAAAAGAAAUUCUGUUGCUUUUAUUCAACAAGCUAAUUUAAAUGCUAAUUAGCAAGGCGGCUAACUCUAAUAGUAGGGAGACAACCAAGAAAGAAAGCUAAAGCAACAAAGAAGUUUUCUAUUAAAUUAAUAAAAUUUAGCAAAUCCUUAGACCUAAUCAGCUACAAAAUUAAUUCAAUUACAAAACCCCAAUGCGAGUCAGAAUCAAAACAACGUUUCUGUGAUGGGAAUGUAAAAUGCAUAGACAAAUUAAUAAAAUCAAAAGAAUCAAAAAAAUAUUAGAUUUUAAACUCCUCCAAACUAGUAUAGCCCUUCACCAAAUUAACGAGAUCUAGAAAAUAGAAGCUCUAAGCUGAAAAAUCCUAUAAUCUAAAACAACAAUACUUAUAAAAAGAAUAUACAAUAAGAAUACUAAAAAUAAUUCAAAACUUUCAAAGCUCGUCCAGUUCCUGGUGUUUUCGAAAGAUUGAGUUAGGAUUCUGUUAAAAAAAAUUAAUAAACAGAGGUUGAAAUUGAUAUACCUAUAGAUAUAGAGUUUAAGACUGCAAAAGGAGAAAUGCUUUAUCGUGAUAUCAGGAAGAAAGAUGAUGAAGAGGAAGUAAAAAGAUAUGUAAUUAAAUUCUUAUUAGAACACAGAUAAAAGGCUGAAGAGGAAUUUAAAUAAAAACCUUCACUUUUGAGUCAAGGUUAAAAAUAUUAUUCAGAAGAAAGCAAAGAAUUCUCUCUGCUCUCGCCUAAUUUUAUGGCUAAAAAAAAAAUGUAAGAAAUGAUUGAAAAAGGAACUUUAACUGAUGAUUUCUUUGAACACAGAGCUAACCUCGAAGAAGGAAAUGCUUACUUAUUAACAAAAGUAAGUAAAAUAUUAAAGGGUAAUAUUAUGAAGAAGUGGAAAAGCAUUUAAGAUUCUAAAUUUUGA